AUGUUGUACUUGUAUAUCAAAAUAUCAACGCUUAUACUUUUACCUUGGAUGUUUCACUUUUACAAUAACGUGAGCUCGCUAAAUAAAUAUUAUAAUGAAAAAUGCAAUCUUAGAAGAAAAUUAAAUACAAGAAAUUAUCGUUUAUUAGAAGAAAAUAAGCAGAAUAAGGAUACGUUUAUUGUAAAUUUUAAAGAAGUAAUGCCACAUAAAGGAGUGAAACAAAAAGGAUGUUUAUCUAAUAAUAAAAACAGGAUAAACAGAAAACAGAAACAGUUAUGUAGAAGUUCAUUAUAUACUGAAAAGUACAGUAAAAAUGUUGAGAAAUAUAAAUGUUGUACACCUAAAACAAAAAAAUAUUGCGAAUAUGAAAAAAAAAUAUUUAAAAAACUUGAUUAUAAGGAUUACGUUAAAAACAUCAAGAUAAUUGAUGAUAAAGAAUAUAAAAAGUUAUCUUGUAAAAAACGAAGAAUACGAAUUACUUUACUUUUGUUAUUUUUCUUAGUAUUGAUAUUCCCCAUAUUAGACCUUUCAUUAGAGAAAUUGGAAUGUGGUGGCUUGCUGGGAUUACUAGGCUUGUUAUACCCAACUAAAACAGAAGCUAGUUCUCCAGGAGGAAUGAUUGUACAUGGAAUAGAUGGGCUUUUAAUUAAAUGGUUCAGCAUUAAUGACUGGGGAGCAUCAAAAGCUAUAUCUACAUUAAACGUCUUGAUUUAUUGCAUACCUUUCCUUAUAUUUAUUGUCAUAUUUAUAUUAGGGAUGAUUUACUACUACAAAAAAGUUAUAAAAUAUGAAAAUAUCAAGUUCAAAAAAAAGAUUAAAUAA